AUGGUGCUCCGAAAGAAUCCACCGCCUGGAAUUAACGUUCUUUCACGAGUCAGAAACGGUUCCGAUCCUCGAUCUCCUGUCUCGCGGAGCUCUACCUCACCUCGGUCGGCAACUCAGCAGCAACCCUCUCGGAAGGACAGCUGGGAGCUUGAUACAGAUUUCAUAUAUUCACCGGACUUACGAACCUCGCCAGCGUUUGACCUCAUGCCUCUGGAGGAAGCGCAAAAGUCCCCGGUAGCGGGUCAUAGCCCAUGGGAAGAUGAGCUGGUAGAACGACCGGUGGGAAUGAUCCCAUUCACCGGAACUUCACAAGGAGCAACCGAGCAACUGACAGGAAGUCCUAAUAAGGCAGCUUAUCAGCACACAGGCUCUAGUGCACAAUCUGCUGAUGAUGGUUACCGGAGACAGCCGUCGACUGAGGAGUCGCUAUCGGGGACGUCACCACAGCGCUUCCGCUCAAAUAACCCUUUUGUACGCACUCAAAAUUCAAGCCCAAAUCCUUGGGAAGCCAGUAGCCAACAGGCUCGUUCACAGUCUCGCUUAGAACAAGGUUCAUCAAUAUCGAGUUUACAUCCGGGCUUGUCUGAGAGAAACAGUCAGACCUCGGGGAUUAUUCCCAUGACAGCACGCUUAUCUAUAUUCGACCAACCAGAGGAUCCCUGGGGUCAACCUAGCCAUCAGCCAGACGCAGGACCAAACCUGCAUAGUACCGGUUCGGUUACACAUGUGUCGCCUGAUAACGGAAAAAUACACUCCACGGAAAGCGACACCAACAACUUCUAUCCUUUAAAUCAGGCUGACGAAUGGGACACGAAGAAUCACUGGCAGGAACUCGCGUUACGGAACCCAGAGCCUGCAAGCGUGUCCAAUGCGACAUCACAAAACAUCCCGCGACCUUCGUCACCACAACUCAUUGAUCUUGAAGAUACCCCCACAAACAUGGAAGCCAAUCCAUGGUCCAGUGAAAAACGACCAGAGCCCCCUCAAAAGGUUCAAGCCGAAGACCAGCCGUCAAUUUCGGAACCACCGUCUACAUCGAAUCCCUUGCCUCCAAUGUCUGAAGCCGAGCUGAAGAGUUUUCAGGAGAAACAAGCAGAGACAUACGCGAUCCGUCAUAUAAAUUGGACCGAUCAUACUGGGCGAUUGCGCGAAUCCCCCGUACUUGUCCAAAGCCAAAACGGGCCGUGUCCUCUUCUUGCUCUUGUCAAUGGACUCGUUAUGCGCUCAGAUAGAAACCCACAACCGCCGAUUGUCAGAGCAUUAAAAACGAGGGAGCACAUUUCGCUCGGCUUGCUUAUCCAGGCUCUAUUCGACGAGUUAGUUACAUAUUCAAACGAGGAGCUUCCUGACAUUGAAGCUCUCAGUCGGUUUCUCACCAUGCUCCAUACUGGAAUGAAUGUCAAUCCACGACUUACACUUGAUUCUCCAACAGCUCUGGGGUCAUUUGCCUGGACCAAAGAUAUCGAGUUCUAUGACUCAUUCAAGGUACCCUUGGUUCAUGGAUGGAUUGCUGCACCGACAAGCGGGGUUCACGAUUGCAUGGCCCGAGUUGCUCAGUAUUAUGAGGAUAUCCAACUACUACAGUUCCGCAAGGAAGAAUUAGAGGAUCGCGUCAUUCGUAACGGAUUAACACUAACCCCUGAAGAAGAACGUCUGAUGAGCGACAUUCAGACUAUCCAUCAAUUCGUGAAUAUUGAAAAUACAACACAGUUGACUCAAUUCGGACUCGAGCAUUUGGGUAAAACGCUUCCUCCAGGAUCAGUAUCAAUACUCUUUCGCAAUGACCACUUUUCAACUCUCUACAAACACCCACAAUCAAGACAACUUUUUACAUUGAUUACCGAUGCUGGUUAUGCUGAUCAUGCAGAAGUUGUCUGGGAAUCGCUUGUAGAUAUCACCGGUACGAACACUGAAUUUUACGCUGGCGAUUUCAGGCCCGUUGGACAUGGUCCCUCCGAUCCUACUGUUCCGCAACGGACGUCAAGCCGUAACAAUGCUACCACAUCUGCCUCGACACCAUCACAAAGCACUACCGAACAAGAAGAUGCAGACUAUGCCUACGCUCUUUCACUUCAGUUCCAAGAAGAGGAGCAACAGCAGCAACAACGCCAGCGACAGCCACACCAUCGAUCUUCUUCAGCCAGAGUGCCCAAUACUGCCGCUAGUUCCAUGGGCCGUAAUACAGUACCAGUGCACCGAUAUUCUCAAUCUACCGCAUCGGGAUCAACAAGCCAUCUCCAAAAUCCAUCGCUAUCCUCCUCUUCACUCCCAUCCCGUCGUCUAAAUAACGAGAACAAUAACGUACACAACAUACCUCAAGAUGCACCCACCGCUGGCGAUCAUAACGAUGACAUAGCGGAUGAUGCCCCACCACCUUCAUAUGAGCAAGUAGCUCGUAAUAAGGCAGUUGAAAUGCUGAAUAGGCAGCAGCAACGAGGACUGGCAUUAAACACAGAUUAUGGACCGCGCCAAGGUCAACAAUACCCCGGUACACCAACAACUGGCCGAAGACAACCAUUGCAAACUGUACCCGAUCGAAGGGGACAGGCACCUAGAGAUAAAGAUUGCGUUGUUAUGUAGGAUUUGAUCGAGAUAGUAUACUCUUAUCAUGUAUGACUCUUAUGACUUCGAUUACAUUUUUUUAUGCGCUUGGUUAGUUAGGAGUUUUGGUUUCAUAACCUCAUAGCGUCAUUUGCAAGACUUAUGGGUCUUGGAUCAUUGCAUGGUGUACGGAAAAUGAGAGGUAACGGUAGACCACCUACAAUAUUUACCUAGGUAGGUCCCAAACGAAAAUGUAUUUAAUAUACGACAUUACAGCCAAUUCGA